AUGGAAGGGUUAAAUGUGGGGUUAGAAGAAGUUGUGCGCCAUCGUAUCAUUCGUGGAGCAGUGAUUGGUGAUGGAGACCUCAAUUUAAAUCUUAAUAAAUCCUACUUUUACAGGAUUCGUCUUCCUUUUCAUUGUGUGGAGGAGAUGGUUGGUAUUACUGGGUAUGAUCCCGCUUGUAUCCCUUUCUCAUAUCUUGGGUUACCAUUUGGGGCUAAUAUGAACCGUGGCGUGAAUUGGAAUCCAGUGAUUCAAAGUGAGACUAAAAGAGAAAUCCCUUGGGUGAAACGGAAUUUGGUUCUAAACUUUAAGGAAAAAGGUGGUUUAAGAAUCGGAAGUUUAAAGACUUUCAACUUAGCUUUGCGUAUAAAAUGGAGAUUGUGUUUUUAUAAAGAGGUGGAUGUGCUUUGGGCCAAGGUGAUUCAAAAUAUCGAUGGUAUGCAUGAUGGUUUAGGGUUGUCUUCCCCAAAACUGAGGGGAGGGGUAUGGUCUAAUCUUGUGAAAGCCUUUGAUAAUUGGGAUCUGCUCUAA